CCCCACUCUUGACGAUUGAUCCCUAAUACUCUUGUCAUCCGAGCAAGAGUCGGAGCCCGACACUCGUAGAAGAAUGUUUUACUAAGCGAGCCAUAUGCGCCUCGGUUAAUUGGACGUGCUUGGAAGGAAGGCCGGUACCGCACCUACUACCAGAUAAGUGCUCUGCGUUCCCUUGCACGACCAUGACCCCUCACUUCGACCUUCAAAAUGCCAAAGUCCCCUUCGACGCAAGAGUCCGGGGCGCUGGUGACAGACGUGCAGGAUGUGGUUGAGAAUGAGCAACAAGAGCUGGAGGAGCGAAUCAUCGACAGACUAGCUCGGGAGCGGAGCAUUCGGUUGAAGGUCGACUUCCGACUAUGCAGUAUCGCCGGCAUCCUGUGUAGCUUGAAUCUUCUGGACAGCGGCGUAAUUUCGAGCGCGUCCGUCACGUCCAUGCUUUCGGAUCUGGGUCUUGACCAGGGAAAUCGCUACUCGGUAUCGAUCUUCAUUUUCACCAUCGCAUCCAUCGCAUUCCAACUACCGUCGACAAUCGCAGUGCGAACUUUUGGGCCCAGGAUCUGGUUCAGUUUCAUUACCUUCUGCUUCGGUAUCAUUACGCUAUGCACAGCUUUCGUGCAAACGUGGAAACAGAUGAUCGCCCUUCGUAUCUUGCUCGGCAUGGCAAUGAGUGGGAUCUACCCUGGCUUAACUUACCUGAUAUCGACAUGGUAUACGCGGAGAGAACAGCAGUUGCGCUUCGCGCUUAUGCAGAGCGGGGAAGUCAUAGUACUGGCAACAGGAGGCAUUGUCAACUUUGGACUCAACAAGCUGAACGGUUCGUCUGGGAUCAAAGGCUGGCAAUGGAUGUUCAUCGUCCAAGGUGCCAUUACAGCUUUCAUUGGCAUAGUUGCAUAUUUCUGGAUGGUCGAUUUCCCGGAGAACGCACAUAAAAGCUUCAUGUUUUUGGACAAAGAAGAGUCUGAGAUUGCCGCCAACCGCAUCGAAAAAGACAGAGGUGACGUUGAGCCUGAUGAGUUUUCUUGGGCCAAGGUACUGGUUCACGCCAAAGACCCAAAAAUCUAUGGGUUCUGCGUAUUGUACUUUCUGCAGAACUUGGUUUCAACGAGUUUGUCUUAUUUCUUACCCAUCAUCCUACAGGGCGGCAUGGGAUUCAGCAGCGACAAGGCGAUUCUGCUAUCGGCACCACCGUACUACUACUCGGUCAUUCCUGCCAUAUUAUCAUCGCUGAUUGGCGACAAAUACCAACUCCGUGGCCCCAUCAUCACCUUCAACUCGGUUUGCCUCAUCGUGGGCUUCUGCAUGCUCGGCUUCAGCGAUCAGGUUACGGUUCGGUAUAUUGGCACCUAUCUCGCUACGGGCGCAUACGUAGCCAAUUGGGCUGGUAUGGCAACGUAUCAAGCGAAUAACAUUGUAGGACAGUGGAAGCGCGUCUUCACCGCUGCUGCUGUCACGGCAUUCAAUGGAGCUGGAGGAAUUGCAGGGAGCUUCAUCGUGAGACAGCCGGAAGCACCCAGGUAUAUGACUGCAAUCUGGGUAUCGAUUGGAUCCCAUGUUAUGAUAAUCGGUUGUAUUGCCGCCUUUUCUUUGUACUUCUACAUAGCGAACCAGCGGCAACGCACCGGCAAACAAGUGUUAGAGGCGACACAGGGCUUCAGAUUUACUUACUGAGAAUGGGGCUUUCCAACAGAAAAGGCCAACGUACCAUAACAAGUUCAAGUACUUCCGAUUUCAUAUCAUCUCAACGACUAGCUAUAUAAGCCGUCUCCUCAGAUGCGCGUUCAAAGUCAGUGUGAGUUGAAACAGGAUGGUAUACAUUUCAGCGCCUUUGUGUCUGUAAAACCCAUACACGUCAUAUCCGACUCCAGCUUCCCGCAACAGCAACCCUCACCAAGCAAAAUUCUCCCCUACCAGCGCCUCACUAACCUCCC